AUGAACAAGCUCAGCGGAACACUCGUCUCAGGUGUCUCGCGCACUGCUCGAACGCGGCGACAAUGUCGCCUGCUACCUUCUGUCCGUCACUACACUGAUGUCCCUUCCUCCUCCAACGUCUCGAAGCCGCCAUCACAGGAAGAAGUCGACAAGCGCUCGCGCCUCUACCUCCAAAAGUUGCAGGAGGACGGCGGUUUUCCCGACCUGAUGGAGCCAGACGUCCUCAUGGACCUCCACGAUUCUGCCACGUUCCCCCCCAGCCGCUUCACUCCUUACGAAAACAAAGUAGUCAUCCGGAACGACCCCUCCAUGUUCCUCGCGCUGAAGGAGAAGUUGGGCGAGACGCAAGAAAAGCACCCGGAUGCUGAGGAACAUGAGAGGGACAGUGAGCCUGAUCCUCUGAACUUCCUCCACAUCGGUUCACGCGACAUCGCCAACAAGCUGUACCAGUAUCCUUUGGUCUCACGCCGCGUUGUCCAGCAGACGGGCAAGGGAAAAGUGGCCAGAAUUCAUUACAUGAUGGUCGCCGGGGACAUGAACGGCCUCGUUGGCGUUGGUGAGGGAAAGGCGACGGACGGUGCGCAUGCGAUGCACCAGGCUCUCGUCGAGGCCGUGCGGAACAUGGACUACGUCGAGCGCUUCGAGGACCGCACAGUCUGGACGGAGAUGGAGAACAAAUUCGCGUCCACGCGCGUAAUUAUCCGCCCGCGGCCAGUCGGAUUCGGUCUGCACGUCAACCCGCAUAUCUACCACAUACUGAAGGCGGCGGGAAUCAGGGACGCGAGCGCAAAGGUGUGGGGGAGCCGGAACCCAAUGAUGGUCGUCCGGGCGACGAUGCAAAUGUUGAUGCCGGGCAAUGCCCCGAUGGGCAUGGGCAAUGGUGUUGGUGGGAAGGGGCGGAGACUGGACAAGCGUGUAGGGAUGCGUUCUCCCGACGAUAUCGCACGAGACCGAGGCAGGAAGAUGGUGCCUCUCCGGACGUGGUAG